AUGAGAAAAGAGGAUCGUGGAUCUCAAAGUGAGUGUGGAAGUGUGGAUACCUUGGACUGUCCCCCGCCCCCGGCGCUGCCUCCGCGGCGCCCACCUUGGCCCCCUAACAAUCUGAGUCCCUCAACGCUGAGGAUCCUCGGAUCUUCAACAUCAUCAUCAUCGGUGCAUCAGGUUCAGCAGCAUUUGCAGGUGCACGAGCUGCCGUCCCCACCUCCACCGCCGCCGCUGACACCGCCCAACUAUCCUGCGCCCCCACGGCCUCCAAGUCGCAACGGUGGGGAUGAAGCGCGCGUCGCGAGGGCGGGAGGAAGCGGUCGCGGAGCACCCUGCUGUACCCUCGCUAAUGGAACGCCGUCGCCAAGAACGUUACCUCCUCGCGCGGGCUGGGCAGUGCGUACGACAAAUCCAAGCCACACAACGCCAUUUCUGCCAGCAGCAGCAUCAUCAUCAACAACGACAUCAGCAUCUGCAGCAGAGGCUGCAACACAAUGGGGUAGCGAACGAGCAUUGUGUUCGCCGCUCUCAUCAAAGAGAUUACCAAUUCCGAGUCCAACGACAGCAAGGUCAGACACAUCCGCCACGAACGCGAACGUCAGGCAGCACAACGACAACAGUCUCCUUACGAAGCGUACCUUAGCUUCUCCCGGUACAACCACAAGAAGCUACCGUACCGACUGUACGGUCCCCAUGUCGCGGACUGCAGCAUCGCCGCCAUCGCGGCCGCCGUCCUCCGCCUCAACCAACAGCAGUCUGGCCCGCGUACACGGCCACGAUCACACCCGACCACUUCCGCCUCCCCGACUGCCGGACACCACGGCCCUGCCGAACUUCACACCUCUAACCAUACCCCUCGCGCCACUCUCGUCCUCCAACAGCUUCAGAAGCAGAACGCCCGUCACGAGUGUCACGACGAGUUCGUCGCGAGUCCCAAAUGGCGACGCCACCAUCGACACGGGCACCAGCACCACGAGAAAUCGCUCCUCGAACGAGUCACCCAGGAGUGCGGUGGGCGAGGUGACGCUCACGGUGCCGCGGCCCGACGGCGACCGCAUUGCCAACGAGUACGUCGAGACGCCCUUCAGACCGAUCCUCCUGCAGACGCAGGGCCGGACGUUGGCCGACGCCCAGAAGUGUCCGAAGACAGAGAGGCGGCUGCAGCAGCAGCAGCAGAAGGCCGCGCAGUACCACAACAGUCAGCGGCACCGGCGGCAGAACCACCUCCUCCAAUCAGCGGCGCCGGUUGGGAACAACGCAAUCACCAAACAACCAGUGUCCUUCACCAAGGAGCCGGCCAACGCCCUCGGCUCGCCCAACUCCCGCAGCACCGACUCCACCGGACUCUCCAUCAUGUGCGACUUCUGCGGACGCUGUCGCUGCGAGUCCUGCCGGGAGCCUCCACCUCUGCCCAGCCGCUGGCUCUGCGACAACUCGUGCUUCUGCUCGGCGGAAACUGUGCUGGACUAUGCCUCAUGUUUGUGCUGUGUUAAGGGUUUGUUCUAUCAUUGUGCCGACAGUGGGAGUGGCGUCGAGUCGGAGAACGGAAAUUGUGCCGACGAGCCGUGCUCGUGCACUGGCUCCAGGAAAACGGCCCGAUGGGCCUGCCUCGGAGCACUCACUCUAGUGCUGCCCUGUCUACUGUGUUACUGGCCCUUCAAGGGCUGCGUGGCGGUGUGCGAGGCCUGCUACGCCAGGCACAAGGCUCAAGGCUGUAGGUGUGAACCGACGACGCUGGGGAGGCAUCAUCCCGGCGUUGGUGUAUUGAGAGACUCAAGGGACCCUGAGAAACGACUUCUCGAUCCCGUAACGCCCGAGCUGUGAAUUCUGUCAAAAGUGAGUGGUUGUUUUUUUUUCUUUUUUUUUUUUGUUCCAAGGAUUCUGUGAAAAUUCGCGAGUGACCAAGACUUUGUCUCGAGUGUUUUUUGAAAAUGAACUUUAGAAACGAAUUUUUUAAAUGAAAGUCGGUGGGACAGUGUAUUGAAAGGAGGUUAAUUGUCGGAGAGCAGUGUUUUGAAUGGAAGUUAUUUGUCGGUGGGACAGUGUUUUGAAAGGAAGCAAUUUGUCGGAGAGUUGUAUUCCGAAAUGUAGCAAUUCCUCGGAGAGCAGUGUUCUGAAAAGAAGUAAUUCGUCGGGUAGCAGAAUUCUGAAAUGAAGUAAUUCUUCGGAGAGCAAUGUUCGAAAAGAAGUCAAUUUCUCGGAGAGCAGUGUUCUAAGUGGAAGCAAUCCCUGGGAUAGCAUUUGUAAGACAUGGGGUCAAGUCGUCGGAGAGCAGUGUUCAGAAAGAAAGUAAUUCCUCGGACAGCAGUGUUCUAAAAGGGAGCAAUUCCUCGGAGAGCAUUGUUCUAAAAGGAAAUAAUUUCUUGGAGAGCAGUAUUUUAAAAGGAAUUAAUUUCUCGGAGAGCAUUGUUCGAAAAGGAAGUAAUCCUUGGGAUAGCAGUUGUCAGAAAUGGGUCAAGUCGUCGGAGAGCAGUGUUCAGAAAGGUAGUAAUUCUUCGGAGAGCAGUGUUCUAAAUGAAGCAAUUUCUCGGACAGCAGUGUUCUAUAAAGGAAUUGAUUUCUCGGAGAGCAGCGUUCUACAAGAAAUCAAUUUUCUCGGAGAGCAGUGUUCGAACAGGAAGUAAUCCCUCGGAGAGCAGUGUACCAAAAGGAAGUAAUCCCUCGGAGAGCAUUGUUCUAAAAUGUAUCAAAUUUCUCGGAGAGCAGUGUUUUAAAAGGAAUUAAAUUUCUCGGAGAGCAGUGUUCGAAAAGGUAGUAAUCUCUCGGAGAGAGGUGUUCAGAAAGGAAGCAAUCCCUCGGAGAGCAGUGUUCAGAAUGGAAAGCAAUUUCUCGGAGAGCAGUGUUCGGAAAGCAAACUGUUUUUGGCAGUUAGUACAAGAGUUGUUGCUGUUGUUGCAUUUAACACGAAACAAAAAAAAAUAUGAUCCGAUAGACUUUUUUUUUUUGAUGUUUAAAAAACACGAAUGUAAUGUUGAAAUAUUUAUUAUUCUCAGCAGGCGUAAAAAACAAAAAUAGUACAGGGAGAAACACACCAGGAAUACGCGCGAUUCGUAUGCGAUGUGCCCCCAACCCAUCCCCCCCCCCUCGUAUACUCUCUCUAACGACAAAAACGUUUACACGCAUAGAUAGUCUAUAUUUUAUAAAUAUUAUAAAUAUUAUAUAUGAAAGAAGCAGAACUAAAAUUAUAUAUUGUAUAUUACAUUUGUAUAAAGAACAAAAAAACUUUUCUACAGUUAAUUUAUUCGAGUGCGUAUCGCGAGUAUAAUCACAUGGCAAUGGAGAGAGAAAGAAAGAAAGAGAGAAAAAGAGAGAGAGAAAAUAAAGUAACACUCUUGUUGUUAAAUCUCAAGAGUUUUGGCGAGAUUACUUGGAGUCUUGAAUUUUUUUAUAAAGAUCAUUGUGGUACGGGGGAGGAAAAAGUUGAUUUUUUUACCUUCUUUGAGGUGCGUGAAUUUAGCGUCAAAAACUAUUUUUUUGGUUUUAAGAAAAAAUUAUUUUUUGUGUUUAUACUUUUUUCUUUUCUCUUUAAUUUUUUUAAUUUUUACGUUCUAUUUUUUAACAUUUUGGAAACUUUUUAAC